ACCUGGUUCUCACAGGAGGGUGGAGUGGCACUUUUUUAGGCGGUGUCUCCCCAUUUUUUGUAGUUUUAGAGAACUUGUGAGCCAGAUCUUCCUAACUCAGACCAGUACAGCUGUGUUCAACAUCAUCUACAGAACCUCCCAGAAAAAAAAAAGCAUCAUGCCAGAGACAGCUGAAGCCGUGGCUGCAACCGUCACAACUCGCAGGAAUGUCACCAUCGAGAUCACCAACCUCACCAACAACUACUGCCUGCUCAACCCCAAAGUGUUCCUUGAGAGCGGCGAGACUUACAACCCGCCUCAGCCCACCGUGCGCCCCCUGAAGACCGAGGUGUGCACCUUCAGCAAGACCAGCGCCAACGCCACGGGCAGCGUGGGGGUCAUGACCUACGACCUCUUCGAGCGCACCCGCAAGGGCGCCACCGAGACCCUCGCCAUCAUGUUCUCCGUGCCCUGGGACUACAACGUCUACAAGAACUGGUACGCCAUCGGCAUCUACCCCGCUGGCAAGGAGUGCGACGAAGCCCUGUACAAGGAGAUGUACUACGACAAGGAGCCCAAGGGCUUCGUCCGCAUGGAGGCUGACGGCUCAGGGCUGACCUUCGAGGGCUCGAGCCUGGACGUCAAGGCCACCAUGUGCCCGAUGGGACGGGCCAUCAUGAAGGUGGAGCUGUGGGACAAGCUGUUUUCACCCGGCAUGCAGCAAUCGCACCACUAGAGGGCGGUAGAGCGAAGAUGAACAAGGAGAGGGAGAGAGGUGCUGAGAAAAGAGUUGCUAGUCCCUAGGAACUCCUCCCUACCAACCAUUCCCAAGUUUUGCUUAAUGAAACUUAGUAUGGACAUGCCACUGCCCCAACCAUAGGAAUUGUAUUACACUGAAGCACACAUAACAACACAAACACACACUGGUGAAAUGCAUGAUUUAUAUUGUAAACAACUGUAAAGGACCCAUAGAGUCUAUGCUGCAAAAGUAAAGGUUUGAUCUCCUA